AUGCAUAUUGAGACACCGCUUAACGGGGAUGCAAGUGUGCUGUCUGAGAAGGCUGCAGCACAAGCAAUAAGGAAAAGUUACGUUCAUGGGGUAUCUGAUAUUCCAUUACUUUUUGACACGGUUGGAGAUCGUCUUCGAAUGGCUGUAGAUCAGGUUCCAGAUCGAGAAUUUGUCAUUUUUAAACGUGAUGGUAUAAGAAAAACUUAUAGGCAGUUACUACAUGACUGUGAAAAAUUAGCUACCGGACUGCUUCACUUGGGAUUAAGUCGCGGUGAUCGGGUAGGAAUGUGGGGUCCAAAUUUGUAUGAGUGGAUUGUUUGUCAAUUUGCAACUGCUCUUUCUGGCAUGAUUAUGGCAUGUUUUGUAAACAUAAAUCCAUCAUAUCAAUCUGAAGAAUUAAAAUUUGCGCUUGGUAAAGUAGGCAUUAAAGCACUGAUCUCUCCUGCAAGCUUCAAAAAAUCAAAUUAUUACUUAUCAAUGGUUGAUAUCAUUCCUGAACUUGCUAUUAAAUCCGAAGGUCGAGGUGAUAUCACAGCUGAUUACUUUCCUUGUUUUCGUCACUUUAUUAUUAUCAAUCAAGAUGCUAACGAAAAUCAGUUAUACAGGGGAGCUUGGAGGUAUUCAGAUGUGAUCAAGAUGGGUACAGAAGAAGAUCGACUAAAAUUGGCAGAUAUUGAACGACAAGUGCAACCGGAUGAUCCGGUCAAUAUACAAUAUACUAGUGGUACCACAGGUCAACCUAAAGGAGCCACCUUAACUCAUCAUAAUAUUGUCAAUAAUGCAUACUUUGUUGGCCGUCGUGCUGGCUACAGUGAAAAGCGAACCAUAAUUUGCAUUCCAAAUCCACUUUAUCAUUGCUUUGGUUGUGUUAUGGGAAGUUUGAGUGCAUGUGUGCAUCUACAAACUUGCGUGUUUCCAGCACCAUCUUUCGAUGCUUUAGCUGCUCUUCAAGCUAUACAUGAAGAAAGAUGUACAGCAGUAUAUGGUACUCCAACAAUGUACAUUGACAUGUUAAACCAUCCACAGUACAAGGAAUUUGAUUAUAAGUCAAUAACUUCAGGUUUUGUGGCUGGAGCACCAUGUCCUAUAGCACUGUGCCAAAGACUUGUUAACGAAUUAGGAAUGCGAGACUUACAGGUAUGUUAUGGAACAACGGAAACAAGUCCAGUAUCUUUUAUGUCAUUAAGAGAAGAGCAGCCAGAAGAACGAAUCAAAUCAGUUGGAUAUAUUAUGGAUCAUCUUGAGUCUGCCGUAGUUGAUAAAGAAGGAAUAAUAUUACCACGUGGAGAACGUGGUGAAGUGCUCGUUCGAGGAUAUUCCGUUAUGCGAUGUUAUUGGGAAAGUGAAAUGCAAACGAAAGAAGAAAUUACUGCUGAUCGCUGGUACCAUACGGGAGAUAUUGGUGUGAUUCAUGAAAAUGGUUCAUUGAGUAUUGUUGGUCGAAAGAAAGAUAUGAUUGUACGGGGUGGUGAAAAUAUUUAUCCGCUUGAAGUAGAGCAAUACCUUUUCAGGCAUCCGAAAAUCGAAGAUGUACAGGUAGUUGGUGUACCAGACGAACGGUAUGGUGAAGUAGUAUGUGCAUGGAUACGUUUGCAUGAUUCUGCAGAUACCGUCAGUCCAGAAGAUAUUCGAAAUUUUUGUAAAGGACGAAUUGCACAUUUCAAAGUUCCACGAUAUAUUUUGUUUAAAAAAGAAAAUGAAUUUCCAGUAACGGUAACGGGUAAAGUGAAAAAGUAUGAAAUAAGAGAAUUAUCAAAAAUAGAACUUGGCUUACAGCAAAUUAAACCACGUAUCGAUCAUUUUAACGGUGAAUGGAUUUUUGAUGUACAAGCGGAGAAACAUAGCGUGAAACCACAGGGUUGA